GGGGGCGGGCAGCCGCAGCCGCGGCGGGCGGAGCGCGGUGCGUGUGCGCGGCCCGGCCCCGGCUCAUUACUCAGCGGCCGAGGCAGGAGGCGGCGGCGGGAGGCGGCCAGAAGUAAAAUUUGGAUGAAGCGAUCUAACUAAGCUGCCGCCAUGAGUAGAAGCAAGCGUGACAACAAUUUCUACAGUGUUGAAAUUGGAGACUCUACUUUCACUGUAUUGAAACGGUAUCAAAACUUAAAACCAAUAGGAUCAGGAGCACAAGGGAUAGUAUGUGCAGCUUAUGAUGCCAUCCUUGAACGAAAUGUUGCAAUCAAGAAGUUAAGCCGACCGUUUCAGAACCAAACCCAUGCUAAAAGAGCCUACAGAGAGCUUGUUCUUAUGAAGUGCGUUAAUCACAAAAAUAUAAUCGGCCUACUGAAUGUGUUCACACCACAAAAAUCCCUGGAAGAAUUUCAAGAUGUCUACAUAGUGAUGGAGCUCAUGGAUGCAAAUCUCUGCCAAGUGAUUCAGAUGGAGCUAGACCAUGAACGAAUGUCCUAUCUUCUUUAUCAAAUGCUGUGUGGUAUCAAACAUCUUCAUUCAGCUGGAAUUAUACAUAGGGAUUUAAAGCCCAGUAAUAUAGUAGUAAAGUCAGACUGCACUUUGAAGAUUCUUGACUUUGGACUGGCCAGAACUGCAGGAACUAGUUUUAUGAUGACGCCUUAUGUAGUGACUCGUUACUACAGAGCACCAGAGGUCAUCCUAGGGAUGGGAUACAAAGAAAACGUUGACAUUUGGUCAGUUGGGUGCAUCAUGGGAGAAAUGAUCAAAGGUGGUGUUUUAUUUCCUGGUACAGAUCAUAUUGAUCAAUGGAAUAAAGUUAUAGAGCAGCUAGGAACACCAUGCCCUGAAUUUAUGAAGAAAUUACAGCCUACAGUCCGAACGUAUGUGGAGAACAGACCUAAAUAUGCUGGAUAUAGUUUUGAAAAACUCUUUCCAGAUGUCCUUUUUCCAGCUGACUCUGAACACAAUAAGCUUAAAGCCAGUCAAGCAAGGGAUUUGUUAUCAAAAAUGCUGGUUAUAGAUGCUUCUAAAAGAAUCUCUGUGGAUGAAGCCUUGCAGCACCCAUACAUCAAUGUUUGGUAUGAUCCAUCAGAAGCAGAAGCUCCUCCACCAAAGAUACCAGAUAAGCAGUUAGAUGAGAGGGAGCACACAAUAGAAGAAUGGAAAGAGUUGAUAUACAAGGAAGUCAUGGAUUUGGAGGAGAGAACCAAGAAUGGGGUUAUACGCGGACAGCCAGCCCCUUUAGCACAGGUGCAGCAAUGAUCAAUGGCUCUCAACAUCCAUCUUCAUCGUCAUCUGUCAACGAUGUGUCUUCAAUGUCAACAGAUCCAACAUUGGCCUCUGAUACAGACAGCAGUCUAGAAACCUCAGCUGGACCUCUGGGUUGCUGUAGAUGACUACUUGGUCUUUUGGGGGGUGGGAGGGAGGUCCUUUUAGUCAUUAAUAGGGCACCUUUAAAAUUCGGUGGUAUUUUUGAGUGUUUUUUCAAAAAUAAUUGUAGAAUUCAUCAUAAAGUGCUGUAAUUUUAAACUGUAAGUUGUGUUAAAAGCAGCCACUUUUUUUGCUGUAAUUAACUGUAAGAUAUUAAACCUCAUAAUUUUUAUUGUGGUUUUAAAAUCUGCAUAUUUGCUUUACUAUUAUGCUGCUGAUCUUUUUUUACUGAAUUUGUAAGAUUUGUUUUAUCAAAGCACAUAUUAAUGUUGUGGUCAUUACCAUAUAAUGAAUUAUUUAAGAUUUUAUAGGUUUUCAAUUUUUUAAUUAGAAUUUAUUCCAGAUGUUUUGUUCAUGAUAUCCUUCAAAGUUUUAUGCUUGGUCAUAUGUCUGUGUCCAGGUGGAGGGGGAGAGAAUUCAGUGCAGCCAGCUGUAGUUUUGGGCAUACUACUGUGGUGCUGGCAGUGAACAAAAUCCUCUUUUAUUUUGGCCACUUGCCUAUAAUACUUCAGCAAAAGCAACAAUUAAUGAAUUUUUUUAGAGAAACAGUAUACAAUCCUUUGCAAAGUAACCUCAUCUGAAUGGUUUUAUGAACUUAAGAAAGCAAAGCAUAUCUUCAAAGCUGCAGAAAUAUCUAGCCUAACAAAGUAAUGUGAUGUUUUCUGCAGACUCGUGGCAUGCCAAAUCUUGUGAUCACCAUAAAACACGAGGAUACUUCAUGAAUAAUACAUUGCAAUGCAAAUAAACUGUUUACUUCUA